GAACCGCCGAGUCUCACUGAACCUCUCUCCUCGACCGCGACCUCCCCACGGUGUCUCCUUGAGUGCCUUGGUGAAUUACAAGGACGCUGCGAAGAUGCCGUUUUACUUCCCUCGAACGUGGCGCAACCACAAGCUGGUUUACAUCUUGAUGGCUAUUGAGCUGCCUCUCACAAUCAUCAUUCUGACCUUCACUGGCAUCGCAUCUCACGACCUCUACCGCACCAAAUUGUGGCAGGAUGGCGCCGAUAAUGGUUUCAAUAGCAACCCGGACGAGGCCCUCUACGCUGCAGCCAACUACCGGCCAUAUAAGGCACCUAUGGUGUGGAGCAACUUCAUCACCGAAUAUAACCUCGUCCUGGGCGUCCUCAGCACGUUUCUCUUGAUCGUCAAGUUCGCCACUCAUGCUCUGCACCUCUUCUAUCCACCCGUGUCCGUGCUCAUCCACCUGGGGCUGAUCGCCGUCUACAUCGUGUCGGCAAGCGGCCAGGCAGGCAGCGAUACCUCCGACCCCGCUCACCCCCAAUCGGGUCCGCCCUGGUACCUCACGAAAAGCUGUUCCGUGGCCAAGAACUCGGACGUGGGCGCAUACUGCAAGCAGGCCAAGACGCUGUUUGCAUUUACCAUCAUCAUCAUGGUGUUCUAUGCCGUGGAGUUCGGCUUCAGCGUGCAUUCGUGCUUCGUCACCGAAGAGGAGAAACUCGAGCGGGACGAACGCCGCGAGGAGAAGAAGACCUGGAAGGAAUACGAGGAGAUGGCGCUCAAUUCGCCCGCCGUAAUACCCCCCAUGAGCCCGGCCUACAGCACUGGUGGCCCGAUGAGUCCCGGCUUCCCCGGCAUGCCGUCGACGACACCGCGCAGUCUGGCCUUCCACCGCCUCGACUACGAAACUGGGUCGUCGGACCUACCGCUGCGCAACAACGGCAGUCCCCAGCGUUCACCAUCCUCGAUGCAGCAGGAGUCGGAUGAGACCCUGAGCCCGGCCAUCCCGGUCCAGGCUCCAGGCCCGAUUUACUUCCCGCCGCCGCCGAAGAAAGCAGCCAAAAAAUGAACUUUCUCUAUUGGUGUAGUCGUGGUGACUGUUUGUAGCUGUUAGUCAACCAAUACACAUUAUCCAGCACCCUCACCGGUCAGAGCGUGGAUGCGCUUUCCCCUCCCUUUGAUAUUUGAU